GAGAACGAAAGAGUCCACUAGUUUCCUUUCUCCUCACCUCUUUUACCGCACAUCGCGACGGUGCAUCUAUCAAAUUUCAAAAGCAAAAAUCGCCCGUUCGUUCAUUUUAUUUUCCUGCAGAAUUUUUGGCAGUGAUAAUUUUGGAAUUCUUUGGAUUUAUGCAGCAGUCAAGUGUGUUUCAGGAUUCGAUCGGGAAAACAAUGAGCACUCCAAGUUCCGAUAAACAGCUGAUUAAAUUGUACUUUGUCGUGCAGGAUGGUAAAGAGGUCAAAGAUGCCACCGAGGACAUGCAUAUGGCCUAUUGUUCGGUACGCGAUCUCAGCAUGGAAGAUAUCAUCAGCUGGUUAGACGAGAGCGAGUGCCUCCGGCUGCAAGCGGAACAAUUAACCAAGAAGCACGUAUUCGUGUUUGAACAGUUCUCCGGCCCGGCAUUCGAACACAUCCGAACGCAGUCGAGUGCCGUUAUAGUUGGGCCGCGAUGUUUGAUCAGUUGCUUCUCUGAUAACGAAGCGAUUCCGCGGGGCAACUAUCCGAUUUGGACGACGUCUAUGCGGAAUCUCACGGUUUGCAGUUCCGGACUUAAGCCGGAGGAGAAAAGCGAGAUCAGCCGGUUGGUUUUCUACAUGGGAGGUUACUAUUUGGAUAUAUUGACGGCGAAGUGUACGCAUCUUGUGGCCUCGACGGUGAAGUCGAUCAAGUAUGAGAAGGCCGCCGAGAUCAAACUAAAGAUUAUGCAUCCAAAUUGGGUGCAGGACGUGUGGGAGCAAAGCCAGCGAAAGAUGGUCAGCGCAACGGAUACGGUUUUCGGGAAGCAUACACUUCCGGUGUUCUACUCGCUGACGAUUACUUCGACGGGUUUGUCCACGCAAAAGCGAAAUCAGGUUAAACAAUUGAUCGAAGAUAACGGAGGGAAGUACAUCGGAGCGUUCAAAUCGGCGAUAACGGACAUUUUGAUACUGGAAAAAAGCUGUGUCGGCUCGGACAAAUUUCAGGGAGCCAUUCGAUGUAAGAAGGAAUGUUUGACCCCUGCUUGGAUUGUAGACAGCGUUGAAGUAGGCUAUGCCCUGCCGGUGGAAAAAUAUGAAGUUCGAGGGAUUAAAUCUUCCACUCCAACGAAGGACGACUCUGGGUUAACGGUGGCCGGGGAAUUUAAUCCGGAUUGCACUCAGCUGUCGAUGAUCUCGCACGUAAACAGUCGCAAUGUGACCGUGAACGAAAGUGUGAUGAGUGCGACUUCGCAAGCGGUGGGUAAAGGAGGCAGAGGAUCUACUGGCGAUUCAGGUCCUGUGGUAAAUCAGAAGAAAAAGUACCGAGAGGUACUGGCCCAGAUAAAUUUGACUCUGGCCAAGAAAGCAGGUUCUUUCUUGGAUGGAUGUAAGAUUUACCUGAGUGGUUUCGCCACCGAAGACAAAGAGAAGUUGAACAAAAUCCUCAACAGCGGUGGGGCAACACGGUUUGACGAACUCAGCGAUCGCAUCAGCCACAUCAUCGUGGGUGACCAGGUCCAGACGGACUUCCGGGAAAUCCGAAAUCAGAAGCUGACUCCUCAUAUUAUGACUUUGGAGUGGUUGGUACGGUCGAUCGAACUAAAGGCACCAGCACCGGAAGAAGACGAUGUGGUCUUCCAACCUAACCUGAAGGACAUAGCGGGAGAAGAUGGUCCCGAGCCUCCGUCCCCUGCUAGUAAGAAGAAUUUGGAAUCGAUGAAUAGCACCUUCAAGCGUCCGGAAGUGCCUAAACUCCGCUUGGAUGAUCCCAAGCCGGGUCCUAGCCGAGUCAGUCGCUUCGAAGAUGAUGUCCUCAAGGAAUAUAUGCAACAGAACACCUCCGUUCAACUACCGCCUCCGCCUGUGGAACCGAAGAAGACUCAACCAACCGCUCCGUCGCCCUCUAGUGGAUCCACCAUGCAGGAUUCUGAAAUGGAAAGCCAGUCGGAAUUUAUGUUCGGCAAAACGCUGUUCAUCUACGGAUUCUCCGACGAAGACGCACUGCAGAUCGUUUCCGAUUGCGAAAACUGCGGCGGAAUGAUUGUGGACGAGAACUACACCGAUAUCGUCGAUUACAUUUUGCUUCCGACGUGCAGCAUAGGGGAAAUCGACUUCGGCGUCAAAGGUCGGGAAACGGUCAACUGCAUUUGGUUGGAGACCUCGAUCCAGGACGGUAUUUGCCAUCCAUUGGAUUACUACUUCAAGCCGAUUUUGUACGGUGAAAGUGAUCCGAAAUCGUUAGAGGAUGAAAUUAUGGUAAUCAGCACGUACUCCGGAGCAGAACGAAACUUUCUAAUUGCCUUGGGUGGGAUCCUUGGGGCCAAAGUAGAGGAUCGUUUGGUCCGGAAAGCGGCACCAAUUGUGAUCUGCAAGGAGCCGAUCGGAGCCAAGUACGAAGCUGCCAUCAAGUGGGAUCUAACCGUACUCAGUGCCGAUUGGCUCCGCGAAUGUCUCAUGCAAAAGCGACGGGUUAAUGAGCAACCUUUUCUGGUAGGUAAAUCAGUCUGCUCUCCGAAGAACAUCACCGACGAUAAUCCAUCGAUCAGCAGCAGUCGGGUGUCGGAUUUGCCAGAUUUUACCAAGAAUCCAUGCCUUCCGACGACCUCUACUGACGACGUUGAUAUUGACUCAGUAUUUAUGCCAUCACCGAUGCCAGAGCCAACAGAGCCCACUCCCGCUGCUGAUCCACUCAAGGAAAAUCAACCGGGCAGCUACAAGUACAUUUCCGUCGAUAAAGCCCGGAACACAUCCGAGGUUAGGUACGAGUUUAGGCGACUGCCUACACCGGAACUGAAAAAGAUCACCUAUGAGGAACGUAUGGUCUACUCCCAGGAGCUAGGGGAAUAUGCAGAUCUGAUUAAAUCGCAGAUUGAUCAUCGCAAACCAUUCGAUCCGGGUCAUCUCGUUGAAACACCGCCGGUCAUAAGACAUCGUCGCCUUUCCGCGCUGACCGCGAUCGACUCGCCGGCCACUCCGACGUCAAACAAUAGCAGCACCAGUAUUUCCGAAUACGAACAGCUCAGCGUCACGCAGCGAGUAAUGGAGUUCGAAACUCCGAUCCGUAAUACGCUCUACAAGGUCCUCAAAGAAGCCGAGGAAAAGGAGAAGAACCUUUCCCCCCGGACAAAGAAAAUGAACGAACUGCUUGCGACGCCCGGUACCGGAAAAGCUGGACACGUGAAAACACCUUCCCUGCCGGAGUGUAUGACCAAACAGGUCACACCGUAUGGAUUCCGACCGGAUGCCGACCAGCAGAACCAUCUGUACCACAAACGGAAGCUUCUGGUGUGGGAACAAUUCUAUCAACCGAAGCAACAGAAGGAACGCCGGAAGAGUACACCGCUAAGCGAGAUCAAACGCCGCUUCUGGAGAGAAAACCUGGGUGACGAGUACGUAGACUACAUUGAAUCCAAGUACUCGAACACGCAGUUUCAACCGUUUCAGCAGGAUGAAUUCGAAGAAAAGAAAAAGCCAGCGGAGCAAGUGGAAGACUGCCAACCGAGCACUUCCAAGGCUGGAUCCAGCCGGAGCAAGGAUGUGUUCAAUGCAAUCAACGAAACUUCCAUAUUGAAGCCCAACGAUGAAAGCGGUGGAAGUAAAGGCAGUGAGAAAAGAUCCCGCGUGGAAGACGACGAUGAAGAGGAAGAAGAUCCGGGGGAAGUAGGUGGUGGUGCUGGUGGAGAAGAUUGCAUUCAACCAGUGGCAAAGCUUGCCAGUGUCGUUGAAGAUGAUCAGAUGAAACGGUUGAGUGAUUUGAUUGCCAUGAACAAGAACUCGGCGAAGAAGGUGAAGAAAUUCAAAGAGGACACGCAGUACACUGAACUUCCACGGUAUGAUUCGGAAAUGUUGGAUGGGCCCUACGCUCCUGCGGUGGGUUACGAUUUCCGCAUGGCUCGUGGUUUGGGGAAUGACCAAGCUCCUGCAGCUACGGCUACAGCCACCACUACCUCUACCUCGACCACCACCGGUGCCGGAAAGGACCGUAUGAGUUACAACGGAGCGCCAGUGUUUGCUCUGUCCGGGGUAACGGACCAGGUCCGAAUGGAGCUGAUGGAGAAAAUCCAGCAGAUGGAUGCUGAUAUUUCGACCAAACCGAACGAGUACGAUCCCGCUUGUACCCAUAUUCUGUGCAGUAAGCCCAACCGAGGGGAGAAGAUUCUGUCCGGAAUCGCUGCCGGAAAGUGGUUGCUGUGCACCAAGUAUAUCGACGAUAGCUGCAAGGCGGGGUACUUUUUGAACGAAGAACAGUACGCCUGGGGAAACCCGGAGGCAAAGGAUCUACCGCCGCUAGAGCCGAUGGACAAGCAAGUGGCCAAUGCGGCAUACAACUGGCGCCAUAAGAUCGCCCGUGAGGCGGGUAAGCACGACGGGGUAUUCACCGGUUUCCGAGUGCUCUUGUUGGCUCCCAAGAAGCAGCAGUUCAUACGGUUGCUCCAAUCCGGUGGAGGGUACGUUAUCGAUGUGGAUCCACCGUUCGUCAGCUCGGAACACGCCCUGACCGCAACGCAUUGCUUCGUCGAUUUGAAGAAGGCCAAGAUCAGCGCCCGGGACCACAAGGCGCUGGCCGAGGCAGGCAUUGCUGUGAUGAACAUUAUGUAUCUGAAUGCGUACCUCACAUCCGAAACGCUGCCGGAUCCGGCCAGGUAUCGGUUGGAAAUUUCAAAGUGA